AUGAAACCCUGCUUGACAAAAGGCCUCAGCGGCCAUGGCUGUCUCUACAAAGAAGUCCACUGGUCUCCCACUGUCACCACCAUCCAACACCCACAAUCCGAAACCUCCACCUCACGCCCCUCCUCAACCUUGGAUAUCGAUUACCUCGAACAUGUGCGAUCAUUCCUAGACCACCAACGAGAGAAAUUUGAAGUCGAGCGCGGACUCUUCGCGGAAGAAAGACGACUCUGGGACGAAGAACGCAGAUUGCUGAAGUCGAGGAUAUUCGAGUUGGAAGCGAACCUGAGGGGAAACGGGAACGGUUAUGGGGCCCACUCGAGCGUUGCUAACGCUAAAUCCGAUCUGUUCGGUCCACCUCUACCAAACUAUUCUAAGCAAGUGCGGGAGGGUUCCAACCCUCGGGGCAAGCUAGCGGGGAUUUUUGGGGAGGCGGAGGCGGAGAAAUCAUCUGACCAAGCAAUUUCUACACCCAAAUCUAGAGUGCCGCGAGAGGUCAUCGCUCAGGUGAUGACGCCCCCGUCGCCAGCUGCUCCGCCGGCGCUAGAGUCGCAGGAGACCUUGCCGUCGCCAUCCCCGACUUCGCGACAUAGAAACGCUCUCAAGCUCAAGCUCUCCGAACUUGGCCCACCGGACAGGAACCUGACAAGGGAUGCAGGUCAUACGCCCAUGGCGGCUGUUGUAGAAACAGAGACAGACACGGAUCAACCUCCAUCUCCAAGCGAGGGGAACUCGUUGUCUCGCCAGCCGACGGAAAAUUCGGACUCUUAUUUUCCGGAUUUGCCAGAGGAUCCCGCCUUGAAGGGACCGCUCUCCCUGUUGAACGAGGAGGAGCACGACAGGGGUUUUUUGGAAGAGCUCAAUCAGAAGCUUAUGGAUCAGACGGGCGAUCCCUCUGAUGGCCACAAGGACCAAGACAAGGUCGAGGCUUCUAGCCAGGCCAAACAACCAUGA